UUCAGGCAGGCUCUCUUGAUUCAGCUUGAAUUCUAAUUUUGAAAGGUUUUUCUACCUUGCUAUUAAUUUGAUUUGUAAACGUGUAGAUAAAUUAGUAAAAGUUGUAAAAUGAUGAUAAUAUUGUCCUCGUCGUAGUCAGACAGGACAAGGCAAAGUCAUUUCAAUAAUUGAGAACGGGUCUUCGCCAUAAGGAUUAAUUAAGGAAGCAUUUUUGAGAACGUUUGUCAAUCAAACAUGGAUGAUUUGGUUUGUCCUCGGUGCAAGACGACAAAGUACAGAAAUCCGUCACUAAAAUUGCUGGUAAACGUUUGUGGUCAUGCCUUGUGCGAGAGUUGUGUUGAGCUAUUGUUUGUAAAAGGAUCGGGGGCUUGUCCAGAAUGUGGCGUGGCGUUGAGAAGAUCUGGUUUUCGCAUUCAGCUUUUCGAAGAUCCUAUUGUUGAGAAGGAAGUCGAUAUUAGGAGACGAAUUCUUCGUGAUUAUUGUAAAAGAGAAAGCGAUUUUACCAGUUUAAGAGAGUACAACGACUACUUGGAAGAAGUAGAAACAGUUGUGUUUAACUUAGUGAAUAAUAUUGAUAUAAUCGACACUAACAAGAGAAUUGAGCAAUACAAAAGAGACAACAAGGAAUCAUUAGCUAAAGUAAGGACGCAAUCGAAGUUUAAUGAAGAAUUGUUAGAGUUGGACGCUAUACUCGAAGAAGAAAAGAUGCGCUCUGAAAUGAUGCGACUCGAGGCCUUAAGAGUAGAACGACAAGAGAAACUAAGAAAAUUAAAAUCCCACGAAGCUCUAAUUGAUGAUCUCAUGUUUUCUGAGACUGAUGCAAAAUCCAUCCUGGCAUCACAUAAAAGUUCCAAAGCGAAUUUUGAGUAUGAUGUUCAAAUAGAUGUACCGAAGGUGGUCCCUGCACCUGUUGCUUUCACUUCAGGGAUUGGAUUUGGUUCUGGAAGAACAUCAUUUCUUCCUGUGCCUAAAUCGGAGGAGGUUCCCUUGUUUUCAUACGAAGAACUUAAAUUAGACUUUGGAGGGCUACACCCCCCAACGAUUGACGAAUUAAAAUCCACACACUCAAAAUACCUCAACCAUGUUAAAGCAGCCACGACCCCAGAAGUAGCUGGAGGUUUUCAUUCAAGUAUUGCAUGCCGAAGAGCACUCCAGGAUGCUUUUGCUGACAUUACUUUACAGCCAAAACUGAUACGAAAAAUGGAUGAAUUAAUAGAACCAAUGGAUGUUGAUGCUUCUUGAUGUUGAUGAUAUUAUUAGUCCUCAUUUUGUGUGCAGUUAAAAUCAUGAUUAAAAGUUCGUGUAGAUCAUGUAGAGUGUAAUAAUUUUUAUAAAGUUUCACAAUAAAUAUUUAUUCUGAUAAUCUCUU